AUGAGCCUCAAACAUCAAAUCUCCGUCCAGCCCCUCUCCCCAGGCCAUUUCCACUCGACCACCAACCCAACCCGCCCGGGCACCCUGACCCCGAACGCCUUCGGCGGCAACCUCCUCGCCGUCGCCGUGACCGCCGCCUACCACACCGUCACCCGGUCCUACCACCUGUACUCGCUGUGCGGGCACUUCCUCCGCUCCGCGACGACCGACCGCAAGCUCUUCUGCCGCGUGCGCCCCCUCCGCGACGGGAAGAGCUUCCGCACGCGACACAUCGAGCUAACGCAGCGCGGCGACGACGGCGCGCACCGGCUCGGUGUCGGCAGGACGAGCCGAUCGCCGAGCAUGUGGGCAUGUACCGGGAGAUCGAGGCGUUUAUCGAGAUCCAGCCGCUGGAUAUGGAGGGGUCAGCGGCUGAGAGAGGUGGCACACUUCGGGCUAGGGAUCGACAGCCUGCGGUGCCGGGGAAGAUCACCAAGGAGCGGUUCCGGGUGCGCGCGCCGCUGGACACGGAGGCCGAGCAGGUCGCUGCCGUGGCGUUCCAUUUAG